AUGAAAACCAUAAAGGAAACAUUUGAAGUAGAUCUGGAGGAGAAAAAGAAGCAGAGGGAGGAGGAGAAAAAGAAAGAGGAGAAAAAAAGGAAGAAAGAGGAGGAGAGGAAGAAGAAAAGGAGCAGGAUUGCUUCCUUUUUCAAAGCGAUGUUCUGCUUCACUCUGGCAGAUGUGGAGGAGGAGGAGGAGGAGAAAAAAGAGAAAGAGAACAUGAUGGUGGUGGAGGAGGAGAUGGAGAAUAAAGAGGAGAAACAUCUUGAGCAAAAAUCCCUCUCCAUUUCAGAAGAACAAGACACUGAUGAUAUUGAAGAGGAGAUCAUGGAGGAGGAAGAGGAGAAAGUUGAGGAGGAGGAGGAAAUGAAGGAGAAAAUUAUUGAAGAGAUAGAGACAAUAAAAGAGGAGGAGAAGGAAACCGAUAAAACUGAGAUGGUGGAGAAGAUGGCACAGACGGAGGAAGAGGAGAUGGAGGAGGUGAACACCAAGGAGGAGGAGGAGAAUAGAACUGAGGAAAAGGAUAUGAGUGACAAGGAGAAAAAGAGAAUUCAGGAAGAAAAGUGGAAGAACAAGAGACGGAAGAGGGAGAGAUAUGGAAAGAAAGAGAAGAGGAAGGAGAAAAAGGUUGAGAAAGAGAAGGAGAAAAAGGUUGAGAAAGAGAAGUCAAAGAAGGAGAAAAAGGAGAAGAAGGUUGAGAAAGAGAAGUCGAAGAAGAGACGGAGGGGGAAGAAAAGUAAAAUAACGAAGUGGGACUUGAUGAAUGAGGAGGAGAAGAUCAAGAAGGAUUUGGAGAAAUUGAAGGAGGAAGAGGAGGAUGUGGGGUUGGGUGUGGAGUUCUAA